CCGGGAUAUGACAGCAUUUAAUGUCAAAUUUCAGGAUGCAUGUCUGAAAUUAACAGGCGACCCGAUCGAAAGACGAAGGUGCAUUGCCAACUCCGUUUUGAUUCCCUCCCAAAUGGCGAGCUGCCGGUGAACUGAUUGCCGGCGAGCUGCCGGUCCUCGCUCUCCUCAUCCCUGGGUUUCAAGCUGCGCGUAGCACUUAACCCCCUGGCUGGUGACUCUGCAUCUCCUCCAUGAAACCACUCGCACACCAACUCAAUCUUGGCUCUUUCGUAAUGGAAAAGUACGUCUCCAUCUUUCAGAUUGCAAAGAAAGAAUGGCGGGCAUCGGGCCCCGUCGUCACUCGCAACAUCGCCCUCGAUUCUCCGUUGCAGGUGAAUAGACGGCUGGGCGCCCGUAAGGUGUUCGACAAAAUGCUUGCUGUCAUCUCACUCACUGAUUUAAUGGAUGGCACCGGCUCCGCACUUUUGGUCACUUGAUGAUAUGAGGUUCAAGAAUCCAAGAGUUUGCGUCCGUUCUUGUCAGUUGCGGAUACCCUGGGAAUCGACCGGAAAGCCGUAUCGUCGUCCGGAGCUCCGGGAGAGCGCUGGGAAACUACUCCUUCGGUUUUCUAAGAUUGUGAAACAGUUCUCUAAGCAGCACUCUGUUCCUGCUCCAGUCAUUGACGACAGGCCUCGCCAUCCCCACAGGUUCGAGUAUAGCAAGCUCAUGAAGGAAUUUAAACGGGCAGGCCAGGUUGAUCAAGUCCUCAGGCUUCUGCAAGAGAUGAAAGAUUUCAACUUGAGGCCAGACAUGGUCUGCUACACCAUCAUUAUGGACAGUUUGGUGAUGGCUAAUCGUCCCGAGCAGGCUUUGGCUAUUUUUGAAGAGAUGAUCUCCACUGGCUUAGCUCCUGACACUGCUUGCUGCACUGUGCUCGUAAAGCUAUAUUCUUUCUAUUUAAAACAAUUUGAUUCUGCUCAUGAAGUCAUCUUGUGGAUGAAGAAAUUUGGUUGUAGUCCGGAUACUUUAACGUACACGACAUUAAUCACAGGUCUUUGCUGGGACUACAGAGUGGAGGAGGCAUUCAGAGUGUUGGAUUCCAUGGCAGAUGAUGAAUGCCAGCCGAAUGUGUAUACUUACACGCCAAUUGUUUAUGCUUUCUGCUGCAUGGGAAAGCUUAAUGAUGCCAGGAAUUUGGUGAAGGCUAUGAUAAGCAAAGGUUGUUUUCCUAACAGUGCAACUUAUAACAUAUUGAUCAAAGCUUUUUGCAAGAUUGGAGCUUUUGAUGAAGUUGACGAGCUAUUAGAAGAAAGUAAGCAUAAUGGUUGGAAGCCAGAUGAGAUAACAUAUUGCACCUACAUGAAUGGUCUCUGCAAGUGGGGCGAGAUGGAUCGUACAUUCCAAUUAUUAGAAAUUAUGCUUGAUAAUGGGUUAGUUCCUAAUGCAUUUACUGUGAAUAUUCUCCUUGAUUGUCUUUGCAGUGGUUCCAUGGCUUGGGAAGCCAAACUCUUGUUGGAGCGGAGCGCUGAAUUGGAAUGGGAUGCCGAUGUCAUCAAUUAUAAUACUGUGAUGAGCCGACUUUGUGAUGAUGGCAGAUUCAUGGCUGUUCUGAAGCUUUUCACCGAUAUGCUAAAGAAGGGUAUAAGCACAAAUGCCUGGACUUUGAGCAUUGUGAUCCAUAGUCUCUGCAAAGCCGGAAAGCUUCGUGAGGCACAACAUGUAUUAGAUAUAGAAGAUGUAGCUACUAAUGAGGCCGCGUAUUGCACUCUAAUUCAGUACUUUUAUGUAGCAGGAAAGGUUCAUGAAGUUUCACUGCUUUUUUCAAAGAUGGUGAAGGGUAACAUUUUCCCAAAUUCUUCCACAUACAGUAUUUUGAUUGAUUGUUUCUGUCAACAAGGAAACUAUUGGCAAGCUAUCUAUUGUUUCCUCAGAUCUUUUGAACAGGGAUCAUCGCAGGGUCUUGUUGCCAGAUUAAUUUAUUGGUUGGUUUCUGCCGGGAGAGUUAGACUUGUACUGUACUUGAUUGAACAAAUAUUGGAACAGGGUGUUGUUAUGGAGUCAUACAUUUAUAAUUCUUUUAUCAAGGUGUGUUGUAAGAUGGGUUAUUGUCAAAGUAAAGAAGUUUACAACAUCUGUUGCAUUUUGGAUAGAAUGCUGAGUUUUAGAUAACUUCAAUGGAGGCCGAUGUUUUUAAGUGCGGUUUCGAUAUCAUUGAAGAUGAAGAACUUGAUGGGAAUGGUAAUUUUCUUUAGCAAUCCUAUUCUACUUUUAGCAUCAUGUUAUGAAUUGAUUUUGCAUCAAAUAUGAGCUGUUUUUGCUGUAAAAAUUAGCAUGGACUAGAAAAGCAUUUAGUUUUUGCCCAAUAUCAUCUGAAUUUCCAGAAUUUAAAUGCUCUUUUUAGUUUGAUAGCUUUA